UACUCCAGUCACCGUGGAUCUUUAUACUGUAUUGGUAGAAAACUAUGAAGUAUUUCGGUGGUCUUUCCAUUAUCUUAAUCAUGGAAUUGCGCCAUCUCCUAAACAAGCAUUUGCCCACCAGCUACAAUAACUAGGACGUCAGUUUGGCCACCAGUGACCACCAGGCUUCUGCUGUGCGACACCCAUCCUAGUGCAGGAAGUUGUUCUAACCAACAAAAACUGUCCACACACAAUUCUCCCUUACACUACCUCAAAGUUAAAAUACAUAUUGGCGUUGAAGAAGACUAUUUAUAGUAACCUUUGGUAGCGAAGUUUAGACCGACCUUCUGAUUGGGUCGAAGCACAGUAACGAGGCAGCCAAUGAAACGCUAGAAUUGCAAGUACCUUUUACAAUUCGCAUUUGUGACGACACAGUAAAAUUAAUCCAAUCGUAAAUGAUCUUACUAACCUCAUUCGAAUGCCUCCUCUAUAAAUAAACCGGGUCUUACAGUGGCUGAUAUUUUUCCUCCGGCUUUACGGAACGUGUGAUAUUCAAGGUCACUAUGCCAGAACCCACCAAGUCCGCGCCAGCCCCAAAGAAGGGCUCCAAGAAGGCGGUGACCAAGGCGCAGAAGAAGGACGGCAAGAAGCGCAAGCGCAGCCGCAAGGAGAGCUACUCGGUGUACGUGUACAAGGUGCUGAAGCAGGUGCACCCCGACACGGGCAUCUCGUCCAAGGCCAUGGGCAUCAUGAACUCGUUCGUCAACGACAUCUUCGAGCGCAUCGCGGGCGAGGCGUCGCGCCUGGCGCAUUACAACAAGCGCUCGACCAUCACGUCCAGGGAGAUCCAGACGGCCGUGCGCCUGCUGCUGCCCGGGGAGCUGGCCAAGCACGCCGUGUCCGAGGGCACCAAGGCCGUCACCAAGUACACCAGCUCCAAGUAAACGUGCCAAGGUAGAAGGAUGAACUAGAAAUGAGCACAGGACCAGACAGCACAUGGGCACCCCCACACUCCCACUCGCCCAGAAGAUGGCAACAGUGUGUGCUCACCCUCCGUGCCGAGCAAGGUAGAUUGUGCCACCCACAAUUCCCACCACCACUCACUUGCUUCUGGCACUGACAUCACAGGGAUUCGGAACACCCGGGCUGAGGAUUAACUCCGAGAUCUCCCAAGCUGGCUUUGUACCCCUGAGCACCUGCUCAAGGCAAAUACAAAUCCUCUCUGAAGGAAUAAGCUUCAUUUUUGGUCUCAGCAAAUCCUCCACACAUAAGAUAGCAAAGAAAAUGAAAGGGCAGCUUCACAACCAAAAUCAACACAGGAUUCAACAAGACAAUGUAACCAACAAGAAGAGAAGCCCACAGGCACAGUGGAAACAAAAGGAGUAAAAAGAAAAUGAACAGAUACAAACUUCAAGUUGCUAACUUGAAUAUCUUUUAAAAGGAAAAGGAAAACACUAAGUGAAAUAUGCUGAGGGAUUAAGAAUACAAGGAAUUUUCCAAAAAGAGUCGAAAGAACCAAAUAUGACUUCCAGAAAUGAAGGUGUGGAUAUACACGUUAAUAUAUAUAUAUGAAAAUUAAAAUUAAAGGCUUGCUAAAUGGGCCCAAAAAAAUCAAUAGGCUCCAGAUGAAGAAUUUUCAUGAAUUCUGUAAGCAGACCUUAUUUAUCCAAAAUGCGGGGAGAGAAAUGUAAAAGUGAGUUUAAGAGAUCUGGAAUUAGUAGUGAAAUUGUCUGCCAUGUGUCUAAUCAUGGCACCACAAGGACAACCAGAGAGAUUGAUGCUGGUGUGAGCUUCCAAUGAUCAUGGCUGAGAAUUUUUCAGAGUUAAUGGAUUACUCAUGUAACUCAAAAUCAAUAAAAUAGGGUGAAACUCGUACACCAAAACGGGGGUCACUCUGUCACACUGUGAACCAAACCCCAUAAAUUCUCCCAACAAACGUAAAGCUAGUUUUCUAAUCUGUUCUGCUAGAUGGCAAUAGACUGAAGCACUGUUAUAAAUUCUUGAGGGUGGGAGGAUAAUUGACAGAUUAUUUACAUGCACUUGAUAUCUAUCCGAUUACCAAAUUUUGCAAAACCUAAUCAAUAUUUAAUGAUUUAAUGGACUGUCCUGAGUUCAUCACAAAUAGUACUAUCAUUAGCAGACCAGAAACUUUGAUAUUUUUUCCAAUAACUAUUUCUGUAACUAUUUUUAUCAUGGUAUUGUGUUAGUUAAUGUCACACGCUAUAUGCCAUGUUAAGGCAUCACCGUCAUUUUCUUCCUUUUCACUAAAGUGGUUUUAGUAGUUCCUGACGUGUUAAAAACCUGUUUGCUUGCAUGCAUGGAUAUGUAUAUAAUCUGUGUGUGUUGGUUAGUUUCCUUCUAAAUAUACUUUUAAAGGUUUUAUUAUGAAUGAUGUGUGAAUUUUCGGUAUUUGAUGAAAUCAAGGGCUUUUCCUCCUCUAGCCUGCUACAAUAAAUUACGAGUAGAUUCCCUAAUGCUACCCUAUACUUGUAUUC